AUGCACGAGUUAGCCCGACAACAGAUGGCGGACCGAGUCAGACAAGGAUCGCCAAAGUUUACACUAGGACAGAAGGUCUGGCUAGACUCGAGGAACCUGAAGGUCAAUUACGCCUCGCGCAAGAUAGCACCAAAGCGUGAGGGGCCAUUCGAAAUUGUCGAAGUCAUCGGACCGGCCAACUAUCAUCUCAAACUCCCGAAGACCUGGCGAGUUCAUUCCGUAUUCCACGCCGCCCUUCUAUCUCCUUAUCGCGAAAAUGACAUACAUGGUCCGAAUUACAUGAACCCACCACCUGAUGUCGUUGAUAACGAAGAAGAGUACGAAGUCGAAGCCAUCCUGAAUCAUAAGACGUACCGAGGUCAUCUGAGGUACUUAGUCAAGUGGAAGGGAUAUUCUUCAGCAGAAAACUCGUGGGAACCCACCCACAAUUUACAGAAUGCCAAGCGAAUCCUCGAUGCAUAUAAAAGGACCAGGGGAAUCCAGUAG